AUGGAGAUUCUCUCAAGUCUCAACUCUAAGAUUACCCUCACAUUCUCUUCCAAAAUGGAUAAUGUGCCCACUACAGGACAUCUCGGAAAAAGUUCAACAGCAUUUUUUUUAACGCUACGAAGCCUCUAUACAAAUAUAGAAAUCGAGACUUUGAACAAGAGAGUGGUAUCUCGUGACGAUAGGGACGACGGUAUUAAUGGUAUUGCACAAGAUUUCAGGUGUAUCGUAAGUAAGCAGAUGGUCGGAAUCCUGAUCACCGUUUGGGUCCGCGUUGAACUCCGGCCGCACAUCCGUCAUCCUAGCGUCUCCUGCGUUGGAUGUGGCGUUAUGGGUUGCUUAGGAAACAAGAAAAUCAUCUCUCUUCCUCUCCGAGCUCGAUCGAGGAUCAAGUGCGCUCCCGAAACUUCCGAGCCCAUUAUCCUCGCCAACGCCUCCGACGUCUCUCACUUUGGCUAUUUCCAGCGAUCUAGCGUCAAGGAGUUUGUCGUCUUUGCCGGUCGCACCGUCGCCAGCCGAACCCCUCCUUCCCAGCGCCAAUACGUUCAGCGCGAAGGUCCUAGAUGA